CUGUGAUGGAGAGUGCUCGCUGGUUGCUGUCAUGAUGACCACGGCAAGACGAGAUUGGCAUGCUGCGGUCAACGCGUUCGUUCUUUUGGUCUUACUGGGAACGUUCGGAGAAGCAUUCGUCGCUCAGUCUGUGGCACCAUCGUCAUCAUCGUCAUCGCGAUCGACUUCGGAGAGACACCGCAGCAGCAGCAGAUGUCAUGAUCCAACAGGAGCCAGCAGUCCAAACCGAGGCAGUACGAGCAGCACCGGUAGGAGCGGUAGCGUCUCCUUCCUUCGAGCUACUGAGGGAGAAGCAGGGGAUCGUGCGCUGCCGAGCUUGACGAAGCACCACGCACCUCCUGCGCUCAGCGUGCCGGUUUUCAGCCUUGCAACUGUGAACGAGGACGGGUCGACGAACAUGAACAUCGUCACCUACGCUUCGCCGGUGGGUAUCGAGCCGGAACGACUGUGGAUGGUAUCCUUGUUCAAGAGCACUUUGAGCUACGAAAACUUCGUUCGAGAAGGCUGGGGUGUGAUGCAGCUCUUGCAACGAAAUCACGCCCCGCUCGUGCCGAUACUAGGGCAGAGCGGCGGGAGGGACACGGACAAGGCGGGAAGAUGCGCGGAACAGGCGUUUCCGUGGGACGAGCCAUCAUGCAUGAACGUUGCCAUUAUCCCUGGCUGUGGUUCCUACGUCACGCUGCACAUGGUCAGCAAACAGUCUGCAGGAGAUCAUGACGCCAUAAUCUGCCGAAUUGGGAACAUUUUCGGACCUGAUGAAGCCGCAAGUUCGCGGUUGGAGGUUCUGGAAUCGGGACAUCUCCGCAAAGCUGGAAUAAUUUGA